AUGGACAAGCUGUUCCGCAAACGCACCGCCGCAAAGGCGCGCAAGGGCAAGGCUAAGGCUGAGCCCUUGGCCCCGAUGCCGCCGAGCCUCAACAUUGAUAUCCGCAACUCACUCAUCAUGCCCAGUAUGACCGAGCGGUUCUCGGUCCUCCUACCGAGCAUGACUGCUGCCAACGAAACCUCGCUGCGCUUUCUUCUCGAACAACAGCGCGCACGUGGACACGGCCCGAGCAUGACGCGCGAAGAGGAAGACAUGCUUCUCGCCGAACUACAGGCCCAAAAUCGACCGCGCGCAGAGUCCAACGUCAGCUCGGAAUGGGAUGGGAAUCCACCCCACUUUGACGCGGAAUGGCUGGACGGCAGCCGCUCACAUAGCGUGCUCACCCACUCGUCGUCUAACCCGUCGCUGCUCAGCUCCGAGAGCACCUCCCCGCGCAAGGGGCUGUCGCCGAGCAACUCGACCCCUUUCGGUCAGGCCCUGGGUUCCGGCUCAAUCAUGGACCGCACGUUUACGCGUUCGUACGGGUUCACUGGCGCGGCGAGCUUCCGUGACAACAAUUACCUGCGAAGUGUCGAGAAGGAGAAGGAGAAGCACCGGGGAAACAGUGGCGACGACCACCCAGCAUGGGUCGACCAGAACAAGUCGCCCUCAUACCGCGGCAAGACACUGCCCACUCUACCUCCGCCAGACGCGUCCAAGGGAGCCGCGACUCUCCACCCAGACACCGCUCGCACGGCCAGCCCUUCGGGCUCAGAGCGAACAGUAACGCCUACGCCCAGUGUACAGAGCGCCAACAUGUCUCAUGCGGCAUGGAAGAUUCCGCGCCCCUCGGAAGUCCAAGAGCCUCCAAGCGUGCACGUGGACGAGGCACCUGGGCCGGUUGGGACAACGUCGACGCUGCGCCAACGGCCCGUCGACCCGCGACGCGGACAACGCCAGUCUCUGCUCAUGAACAUGAGCCCGCAGCAGGCCAACCGGAUAUCCGUUGCACUGUUUGAGAUUGAGACGCACCUCCGGCGAUCGACCGUGAUGGAGGGCGUUGCGUUGGAGGACCAUCACGGCGAACGCGACGACGACGACGACCGGGAAGAGAUGCUGGAUGGGGAGCACGACGAGAAAGAACCGGAACGACGUCCAUCGGCUGCGUCGUCCAUGUUUCCGUUCACGGCGUCGACCGCAUCAACGUCCCGCAACGCUUUCAGCUCGUCACAAUCAGAUGUUUCGUCUAGGGGACACGAGGCCCCGACUUCUCCACCACGCGCCACGCCGUCACCUCGCUUCGACAUCGCGCCACACCCGGCCUCGCCGCUCAUGACGUCCCCCGAUUCCCAUGUCGCACCCUCACACUUCCCGUCCCCCGAGCACGCUGCACGGUACACGUCGCCACCACCGCAACCCACGUCGCAGUUUGCAUCACCAACAUCGCAACCGUCGUCGUCGCGGGUAAACACGAGCCACAGUAACUACGGACACGCGCACAGCAGCUCGAUCGCGUCGACAGUGUACAGCGAAGAGGACUACGCAAAGCCCGCGCUCGUCCCGACCCGUCCUCAGCCGGCACGGUACACGCCGUCGCCUGCGUUUGGCGUGCCGUCUGCGUACGUCCCAGGCCAGCCGCGCCCAGUUGGUUCGAUGCGGCACGCAUCCCACUCGUCAAAGUCGUCAACGCCAACCUCUCCACCCAGCUCGCAAUCGCCUGGAACGGUCGAUUCGCUUGCUAGGCGUCUCAACUAUCCUGCUGUCCCCGGCGCCCGUCCCGAAAUGAGCAGCCUCGUCCGUUCACUCUCGGAGCAGCAUCCCAACGGCUCGCAGAGCACUUCGCAGUCUCAGACGCCUACUCCUUCCUCGACGUCGCCUGAACACCCGCCUCCGGUCGGUGCACUCGCGUCUAGGCACCAGACGAGCCAGAGCCUGAGCGAGACGCAUGGCGCCUCUUGGCGGACCGGCUCACCGUCCGCGCUCCGAUCGUCGCCGUCCCAGACGACGAUCAACGAGGAGGAGCAGGCGCCGGUGCUUAGGUCGAGAGAGCACUCACCCGUGCUGUCGAAGAAGAGCUCGCCGAAGACGCUCCCGCCCAGCCUCAAUGGCGUCAACUCUCUACACCGCACCGAAUCCAUCGCGUCGGUCAGCUCUACGUGGACAGAGUCUAACGGUACCGGCGACAACGUGUGGGAUCGCGUACUCAAUGGUUCCCACACGCCACAGGCCGAGCCGCAGUCGUGUGGCGAAGAGGACACCGCCGAGCUUGAGCUGCUCAAGUCAAUGAGCGGCAUAGGCAAGGAGGAACUCUCGCUCAUCCAGGAGCGCCUCGUCGAGAAGGCCAAGAGCGAGCGCGACCGUCUGCGCGCCGAUGGGGAGACGACUCCCGUCACUUCACCCGUCACUACACACCCGAACCUCCUUCCGUCCACACCUCCGAGCUACCUUGCCUACCUGCCGAGCAAUGAUAGCGGGUUCAACGAGCCGCAGUCCCCAUUAGCGGCUUUAGCCAUGCUCCCAGGUGCCCUUCCGGGUAUGCCACCACAACCCGUCGACCCGUCCGAGCUUCCCUACGGCCCCCCGCCACCGCGGCCCGCGCACUCAUCCGACGUCGUAGCCCGUACGCAAAACUCCACUCCGUCUCUCCCUUCGUCGCAGAACCAGUCUCCGACCACGGCUGACCACGCUCGUGGCGAGUCGAAGGGACGCAUGUGGCUCGACGACGACCCCGAGGCAAAGAGAGACAUUGAGAAGAGGAUAGCGAACGCGACUUCCGAUCUGUUCAGAGCGUCGUCAGGCAGGGCGCACAAGCGCUCUCUCUCCAAGAGCGCGCGCAAGCAGAUAUCCUCGCCGACGCUUCUUACGUACUCCGCCAAUGUCCCGACCGUGCCUAUUGCCAACAUCGAGGACAGCCCGCACCAGCGCACAGGCUCGACCGACAAGCCCAAACGCAAGCUUAGUCUACGGUGGAAGCGGAAGGGCAAGAAGAGUGCAGAGGGCACGCCACCACCACCGUCGUCGCUGCCUGGCAAGUUCGCCACGCCAAGCACCACCCAGCCCUCCACGGCCAACACACCAGCGAGCGCCACUUCCAUCACCAAGUCGGUCGCCAGUCCCACACCUGCGCCGCGCAAGAAGAGCGAAACAGACCUCAACGACUUCCGCUUCCCGAACACGCCGUCGUCGACAAACCUCCAAAAGGAGGUCAAUGAUGCGCCGCGCCCGGUUGCUGCCCAGACGCCGGCACAGACACAGGCGCGCUCACUCCCCAGUGUCGCCCAGGUCGUGGAGCUGGCCAAGAAAACGCACAAGCUCUCUGGAUCCGAGGACUCUGUUGCCCUCGCCAGGUUCUUCGAGUCGGGUCGUGCCGUCGGUCUGAGCGAGGCCCAGCUACAGGACAUGCUGCGGCAGAACACCACGCUCAACCGCUCCGGCACGAACACGAGCUCGCGCUCGCACGGGUCCACCGCGCCGACGUCGGCACGUUCCCACGGGCAGUCACCGCAGCCCGGCUCCCCGCUCCCUGGGACUAUGCACCUAGGCAACGGUGUCAAGCUGCAGCCGCCAGCGUCACUUGCUAGAAUGCCCACGCCUGUAGUUGAGAAGAGCGACGCCGGGAGCAUACACUCUGAGCGCGCUUCGAGCGACAUAGCCGAUACUGAGCCAGUGCCCGUCAUCGUUCGCCACACGGUCGUUAUGGUCGAGGACAUGGAUCUGCGCACGCAGACACCACCACAGAGUGGCUUCCUCCAAACCGAGUCCCAAAAGUCGCCGACGCGAUCCAACUCGAUCCGCCGCAAGCCGGUGCCGAUCACUGCUGACGACCGCGACCUGCUCUCCCUCUCUCCCAAAUCGUCGUACGCCGCCAGUGCCUCGUCUUACACCGCCUCGCAUGCGAGCCACAACCCAGGUCACCAGCGCAACUUCUCCAACGCGAGCUACAGCCAGCGCCAGAGCUAUGCGUCUCACCAGCGCCACCUGUCCGAGCAGAGCAUCGAGUCCGAGCAGGCCCAGAAGCUUUCCCAGCACCAGCGCACGCAGUCGCAGCAGAGCACGGGCUCGGGCUCGGAGUGGGCACUCCCUCCGCGUCAGUUCGACGGCGCAUAUGAGGGUAUGCCCGACUCUGCGGGGUCAAUGCGCUCGUCCGCUCAGGGUAGCAUAUACGACUACUAUGGCGGCGAUGGCAUGAGCCCUGACCGCGCGUCGGACUUGCGCUACCGUGACUCGGGGAGUGGCAGCGUGGGUCAAUCCGGCGGCUACGGGUAUGGGUAUGAGUACGCACAGUCAAACGACUCGCAGAUGGAUCGACAGGAGCAUGGCACGGCUACAGAGCGGCCCAGCAUGACGAUGGAUCGGCCUAGUAUGGCGAUGGAGCGGCCAAGCAUGGGCGUCGACCGGUCGUCGCAGGCCGUCGAGAUUAUGGAAUACUCGGAUGGCAGGGUUGUGUGGAACCUCGUGAACGCGCUUCGCGACGACGCCCCACGCCCAUCGCUCGACACGGACCCGCUACGCCCCUUUGCCCGGGGUGCGGCAAUGCGCGACUCGGUUGCCGAGAGCGACACAGAAAGCCUGAUAGAGGAGGACCUGCCAUGGCGUGUCGGCCCAACCCCCACUCCAGCAUUCAUGCGCCGCCCCGAUACACGGGUAUACUACACGUCGUCUGCGGAUGUGGCGGACCUGAUUGACCAGCUCUCGUCGGACCUUGCGGGCGCUGCUCGCGGCCGCAUUGAUAUCCAGCCAACAUCUCCCACGCCUCCCGAGUAUCCCAGCAUUGAAGGGCAGCUGGACGGGCAGCACGAGCCGGGUCAAUUCUCGAACGCGCCCAGCCCGCUCAACGUUCCUCCCAAGCGCUCUGCCAGCCUCCUCCGCCCCGACGCACAUCAGGCGUACCAGGCCGGCGUGGCUCCCAGUGGCAGCUGGACUGGCUCGGACGCCAGCGGUGGCGAAUCGACGGUGCAGGAUCGCCUGCAGGCGCUUAUGGACCGGCUGCGGACCGCACCGGGUGGCGUGGGCCGCGCAGCAGAGCACAUGUCCCCCGGCUCUCCCAACUAG